AUGAUGCCGUCGGGGAGUGGAGCUGAGAGCCUGGAGCGGCCAGCUGGACAGGUGGGGACGGAUGCAGCCUCGGUAGAGGCCACGGCUGGGGCGGCCGGCGGCGGCCCGGACCCAGAGACCUCCUCUGCUCCUCUGGGACGGCACCAGAGCCGGCUGAGCUGGCCACAGGUGAAGCGGCUGGACGCGCUGCUGAGAGAGCCGAUCCCCAUUCACGGGCGAGGCAACUUCCCCACGCUGAGCGUGCAGCCCCGGCAGAUCGUGCAGGUGGUCCGCAGCAGCCUGGAAGAACAGGGAUUGCACGUACACAGCGUUCGGCUGCACGGCUCAGCCGCCAGCCACGUGCUGCACCCCGAGAGUGGCCUAGGCUACAAGGACCUGGACCUGGUGUUCCAGAUGGACCUACAGAGUGAGGCAUCCUUCCAGCUGACCAAGACAGUGGUCCUGGCUUGCCUGCUGGACUUCCUGCCAGUGGGAGUGAGCCGGGCCAAGAUCACGCCCCUGACCCUCAAGGAGGCCUAUGUGCAGAAGCUGGUGAAAGUGUGCACGGAGCUGGACCGCUGGAGCCUCAUCUCGCUGUCCAACAAGAGCGGUAAGAACGUGGAACUCAAAUUCGUGGACUCCGUGAGGCGCCAGUUCGAAUUCAGCAUCGACUCCUUCCAGAUCAUCCUGGACUCGCUGCUGCUCUUUGGCCAGUGCUCAUGCACACCAAUGUCGGAGGACUUCCACCCGACUGUGACAGGCGAGAGCCUAUAUGGGGACUUUGCUGAGGCCUUGGAGCAUCUGCAGCACCGUGUCAUUGCCACCCGCAGCCCUGAGGAGAUCCGCGGAGGCGGCCUCCUCAAGUACUGCCACCUCCUGGUGCGGGGCUUCCGACCAAGGCCCAGCACCGACGUUCGUGCCCUACAGCGAUACAUGUGUUCCCGUUUCUUCAUCGACUUUCCGGACCCGGUGGAGCAGAGGCGCAUUCUGGAGCGCUACCUGGAGGCCCACUUUGGCGGAGCAGAUGCAGCCCGCCGGUAUGCUUGCCUUGUGACACUGCACCAGGUGGUCAACGAGAGCACAGUGUGCCUCAUGAGCCACGAGCGCCGCCAGACCCUGGACCUUAUCACCAUGCUAGCCCUCCAGGCGCUAGCUGAGCAGGGCCCUGCUGCCGCCGCUGCCCUGGCCUGGAGACGUCCAGGCUCUGAUGGAGUCGUACCAGCCACUGUUAAUUACUAUGUGACCCCCAUGCAGCCCCUGCUGCCCCGGGCUCACUCCUAUCCCACCUGGCUGCCUUGCAACUGACUGAUCCUGGCUAGAAAGGAAUGAGCUUCGUGGGGGUGGGGCAGGAUCAUCAGGUAUGUGUGGAGGAUGUGGCCAGACACGGGCCGCCUGUGCCAGCUGGCCUGGUACUAGAGGGUUGGGCUUUUGAACAGACCAGACUUUUCCCGCAUGAGGUUCCUA